AUGAAUUCACUCAGUGCAGCAAACACCCACUUCGCAUUUGAUCUGUUCCAACAGCUGAAAGGAUCAAAAAAGGAUGACAUCUUCUACUCCCCUCUCUCCAUCUCAACAGCUUUAGCCAUGACCUACUUAGGAGCCAAAGAAAACACUGCAUUCGAAAUUGGGGAGGUCCUUCACUUUAACGAAGCCACAGAGAACACAAAAGAAAGAACUACAACAGAUCAUGUUCAGAAGUUGGGAAAUGUGCAUCACCAAUUUCAAAAGCUUCUGACCGAAUUAAAGAAACCCACUGAUGCAUAUGAACUGAACAUCGCCAACAAGCUCUACGGAGAAAAAAAUUAUCAAUUUCUUCAAGAAUACAUGGAUAAUGUUAAGAAAUUUUACCUAACCAGUGUGGAAUCUGUUGAUUUUAACAAUGCUGCAGAAGAAAGUCGUAAGAAGAUUAAUUCCUGGGUGGAAAGCCAAACUCAUGAAAAAAUCAAAGAUCUGUUUCCCAAAGACUCUCUUAAGUCUGCCAUUCUGGUUCUGGUGAACGCCGUCUAUUUCAAAGGACAGUGGGACAAUAAAUUUGAUAAAAAGAACACUGUGGACAAAGAAUUUUGGCUGAACAAGGAUACAAGCAAACCUGUGCAAAUGAUGAAACAAUCCAACGUUUUUAAAUUCACCUCACUGGAGGACAUGCAAGCCAAGAUCCUGGAAAUACCAUACAAAGGCAAAGAUCUAAGCAUGAUAUUGCUGCUGCCAGAUGAAGUAGAUGGUCUGCAGAAGCUUGAAGAUCAACUCACUGCUGAGAAACUAAUAGAGUGGACAAGCUCACAGAAUAUGAGCAAUGCCCAUGUGGAUUUAUACUUACCCCGGUUCAAAGUGGAAAAGACCUAUGAUCUCAGGGACACACUGAGAGCCCUGGGGAUGGUGGAUGUCUUCAGUACACAGAGAGCCAACCUCUCAGGCAUGUCAGGGAGGAAGAAUCUCAUGGUGUCUAAAGUCAUACACAAGUCCUUUGUGGAGGUGACUGAAGAGGGCACGGAAGCCGCAAGCUCCUCAGCAGUAAGUGUCCAUCUCACAUCAGCACCGACUUAUUCUUUUCACUGCGAUCACCCUUUCCUGUUCUUCAUCAAGCACAAUGAGACCAACAGCAUCCUCUUCUUGGGCAGAGUCUCUUCCCCUUAG